AUGCGAUCUAAUAUUCUGAAUAUGGCUGCAGGCCUUUUGGCUUGUGGUGUAGAUCCUCAGCGAACAACGCUCUUUCAACAAAGUGAAGUUUUAGAGCAUACGAAUUUAAUGUUCAUAUUGGGUGCCUUACAA